UGGUAUUUGAACUGCGGGCGGCGGAGAUCCCGUGUUCCUGGCGCACGGGGUCGGCUUGCGCUCGUGUUCUGUUUUGGCCGCAAAACCCGGAAGGCUUAGGAGAGGCAGUUGAGCUUGGACCCUCGCGGCCAGACAUGGGCCCGCGUCGCAAGCCGAGAAAGCCGGCGAGGCGGCUUGCCAGCCCAGAGCCCGAACCCUCCAGGCCAGCCGUGAGCCCGCGUCCCAAGCCGAGGACCCCGGCGAGGCGGCCCUCCAGCCCGGAGCCCGGACCCUCUCGGUCAGCCAGGAGCCCGGAUCGCGGGCGGAGGACCCCGGCGAGGCGGCCCUCCAGCCCGGAGCCCGGACCCUCGCGGUCAGCCAGGAGCCCGGAUCGCGGGCGGAGGACCCCGGCUAGGCGGUCCCCCAGCCCGGAGCCCGGACCUUCGCGAAGGAGCUUCACUGUAGGCGCUCAGACACUGCACAGAAGACGGAGAGACCUGUGGCUUAAGGAAGUCAAGGCCCUGCAGAAGAGCACAGACCUCUUGUUCAGGAAGAGGCCUUUCGCCCUUGUUGUAAGAGAGAUAUGUGAGAAGUUCAGCCGUGGCGUGGAUUAUUAUUGGCAAGCCCAGGCCUUGAUGGCCAUUCAAGAGGCGGCAGAAGCAUUUCUCGUUCACCUCUUUGAGGACGCCUAUCUCCUCUCCUUACAUGCUGGCCGAGUCACGCUUUACCCCAAAGACGUGCAACUGGCCAGGAGAAUCCGAGGCAUCGAGGGAGGACUCGGCUAAGCUGGCAGUGUGAUGUGUCCAGAUAAUACCUGGACCCUUUCGGAGCAGCUAGACAGUGGUGUCUGAGGAGCUGGCUGGAUUUUGCUGUGUUUGAACAGUGGCUACGUGUUGCCUUUCUGAAAAAGAAGAUGAUAGCUUUCCUCUGUGACAGGAAGAGAGACCAUCUGCCCGCUCCCAUGGACACGAGUGUUUGCAGACCAAAGGUCACCUUGGUUUGUGAAUUGCUCAACCAUGGUUCUGACACAGGAGGUCUGCCAUGUUUGUUAUGAGGCAUGUUGUUAUUUUUCUUUUGCUAUAUUGUGUGCAUCUUUUACCAUGGGUGUUAAGGGAGAAAAAUCUGAGUAAAACCCUUGAAUCUGUUGUAUGGAAAGCUCUUGCAGUCCCACCGUAUAAAUGUCUGCCUUCCAGAUUAACCCCAUCCUGCCUGUCAGCAAACAAACAGCUUUUCAAAACUUAAGUAGAAUCACAUACAAAAAUCUUUUCUUCCUUCUCUUCAAGACUGGGGCUUGAAUUCAGAGUUUUGUGCAUGUCAAGAAUGGACCGUAAUGUUGACCAUUACAACCUGCAACAGAUAGUCUUUCUGCUUCCUACCAGUAAAUUUCUAUCAAAAACGUUCAGAAAGUCUCUCUCAGAAUUAGGCAUUUUAGUUUUAGCUCUAAAAAAGUUGAAAUAAAGUUGUUGUUAUAACUGUUAUAAGCCUUUUUAGUAUUAUAUAAGCCUUUAAGUAUUAAACUCGUCAUUUUACAUCCAUUGUUAUGAUGUAAACAAGAGAAGUGAGCUGUGCAGAUUUGCCACUGGUAAAAGGAACACAACACCUGCCCUCUCACUGUGGGGACGAGCGAUGUCAGGCCUCCAGUAACAUGGGACAUGCCACCUUCUGGCCUGAGGUGCUGUGCUGAGAACAGCAGUGAGCACAGACUCCUGAUGAAGACAAGGCAGCUGACUGAACUCAGACCAAAGCCAAGGUCCAAGUCUCACUGUGCUUUACAUCCUGGUAACUAAUAGUAUGUAAUGUGUAUAAGGUUAGAAUUUAUCCUUAGUUUUAACAGCUUACAUGAGGUUCCUUAUUUAGUUUGACAGUCUCUGGUGUUCCCCGGGAUCCACCUGCCUCCACCUUCCCAGUAAGGGAUACAUCCAUCUUUGCAGUGUGGGAUGCACCCAUAUGCCAUCACAUCCGACUCAUGUGGAUCCUGGGGAUUAAACUCAGGUCCUUGUGACUGCAAGCCGAGCCAUCUCCCAGCCCACUGUUGAGCUUGUGUGGUCUGAGAUGGCCCUCACUGCAGUGAGGGCGCUGCAGAGCUUGGGCCUGGGUAGCACGGCUGGGGAAGGAGCAGUGGGCUUUGCGGGCUUUGUGGGUCAUCUGGCCUUGCUUCCAGUUGGUAACCAUGCUGUGAAUCACUGGCUCUUUCUGUCCCUCUGUCUUCCCUACCACGACACUUGUUAUCUCCCAAACCAAGACCCCCUUCCUUAAGCUGCUUCUGUCAGGUAUGUGGUCACAGAGUAAAGAUAGCUUUAUUACCUAAAGAUAGUUUAUUACCUUGUUUGAGACAGGUUCCCCAACCAAGAGCCAGUUUGUUCUUGAGCUUGUGAUGUUUCUGCCUCUGCCUCACAGGUGCGAGGAUCAGGAGUGUAGCCUGGUUUCUGCCCUUUUUUUUUUUUUUUUUUUUGAUUUGGUUUUUUCGAGACAGGGUUUCUCUGUGUAGCCCUGGCUUUUCUGGAACUCACUCUGGAGACCAGGCUGGCCUCGAACUCAGAAAUCCGCCUGCCUCUGCCUCUGCCUCCCAGUGCUGGGAUUACAGGCAUGCGCCAACACCGCCUGGCUUCUGCCCUUUUCUACUAGGAAUCUCAUCCUUUCCUAUCUUUCUCAAUACCCAUUGAGUAUUUCUGUUUUCACAUUUUUAAUAUCCAAGGCCUUUUUCUUAUUUUUGACUUUUUUUUAAUAUAUAACAUGCCAGUCAGCACUUAACUCAGUAAAGCAAACCACUAUCACUGUUUGAAAACAAAGAGGUAUUGAUGGAAAAAGGCAAAAAGACCAGGGAGCCGCUGGGGUCACCUCCCUCCCUCCCUCCCUCCCUCCCUCCCUCCCUCCUUCCCUCCCUCACUGGCUCUGUAGGAAUCGUGGCCCCCAGCACCAUAGCACUGACCUGUGCAGCUGCUCCUGGCUACCUCCUCACACUGAGCAGAGCAGCAGGCCUCUCAGCUCCUGCCCGCAAAGGCACUGCCGAGUAGGAAAGAGACACCUGCUUUGCCCCUCUUGCUUCCCAGGCCCUACAAGCAUGUCCCCAGCAGAACCUAACCAGAAGCAGCCUCGGGCUCUGAGAAUGUCCCGGCCAGCUUCUCUCCUUCGUUAAGAAGAGUCAGCACAGGGUCCAAGGCAAAGGAAUCAUCAAGUAGCUCUUGUCUUAGGAGUGCAAUGCACUUGAAGUGUAAUUUCUGUUUUUGUUUUGCUGUGUAGUAACUGUUUGCUCCGAGUUAUCCAUCUCCACCCCCCAGUUCAGGUCGCUAAAGCUCUCCUUUGGUAGCUAACAUUAUUUGCUUGAGGAGGGAGACAAGCUAGUUGAGAGGUAAUGAACACGUGACUGGGACUUGUGGAGUUUGAGCUUGGAGAAUGCUCAGAUGAACAUUAUAGAGAACCCUCUUGUCCCCUCAGGAUAAGGACAUGCCCAGAGGAGGCCUAAGACCUAGGUGGCUUUAAGAACUGAUACCCAUACUCACACUAUACACAAACCCCUAACACAAGUCUGUCCCUGGUUUUGGCCUCCUUGUAGCCAGAGGCCAAAAUUUUCUAAAUUGUCUAAGGGGACACUGGGGAAAGGCGGCUAUGUGUAAAAGAGGAACUUCUAGGGGUUUGCUUGUUUGCUAGUGACCCUGCAGCCAGCCCUACCCAACUCCCAAGGCUCCAGUUGCAGAAGGAUUUGAUGACAUCAGUUUGGGGCUAGCGAGGGGUGUUAGGGUUGUAUAGAAUGUGCUGGUUCAGCUUUGCCCCAGACGCCUUCGGAGCUGCUGGAAUCAGUGUCUGCUUGCCCCUCUGCUUUUUAACUUUCAGAAGUGUUGCUGCCUUUCCCUCCCUGGUUCUCCCCAUCUUUGUGAGCUUGUAAUGAUUUUCUUAACUCCGUACAGAUCUUGUUUUGGCAAUUUUCUUUCUUGAUGGGAGAAGGCUGACUCCAUGAUUUUCUGGGUUCUUUUUUUUUUUUUUUUUUUCCAUUGAGCUAUCACCACAACCAUUACUCUUUGAAGCUAAUACUAUUUCCUUGAUUUAUCUUUUCUUCAAAGAUGGUUCCUUUUUCCUGGUGUUGAUUAUGUUGUGUGUACAUGCAGAUUUCUUUUUCUCACUUUCCUUGGCAUUCACUGGGCUUCUUGAAUAUGGACUGAUGGCUUUUCAUCCGCUCUCACCCUUUAUCUCUUCAAACACUGCCUCUCCCCAGUCUCUCCUCUGCCACAGAAACUCCAGUCACCUGCUCUUCAGGCUUUUCCCUGUGUCCUCUGUCACUGCUUUCAGACGACUUCUGCGCCUCCUCCUAAGGCAUUGGGCUUUCUUUUUCCUUUUCAGCUGUUUCUAAUUUUUAAACUUUUGGUUUUCUUUUCUUUCUUUUCUUUUUUUCCCCCAUGUUUAUCCUGUUUUGAGAUAGGGUCUCAUUAUAUGGCCUGGAACUCAGAGGCUCUUCCUGUCUCUGCCCACAGUGCUAGGAUUAAAUAUGUGUAUCUUCUGGCCUUUGUCCAUUUUCUUUUUUUAUUUUUAUUUUUUAUUUUUUUAUUUUUUAUUUUUUGGCUUUUUUCGAGACAGGGUUUCUCUGUGUAGCCCCCUGGCUGUCCUGGAACUCACUCUGUAGACCAGGCUGGCCUUGAACUCAGAAAUCCACCUGCCUCUGCCUCCCAGAGUGCUGGGAUUACAGGCGUGCGCCACCAUCGCCCUGCUCUUUGUCCAUUUUCUUAAUUUUAAUUGUUGUGAGGUGUAGUAGCUAUUUCUGGUUGUCAACUCUAUCUGAAAUGAACUACAAUACAGAAUUGGGGGGCUCACCUGUGAUAUGAGUCUGGAAGACACAAAUUUCUGACCUGGAUCUUGAUGGAGAUCUUGAGGCACCAGGGCCAUGAAAAGCUUAGGGCCAGACCAGGUAGUGCACGCCUUUUAAUCUCAGGAGACUGAGGCAAGGAGAUCUCCAAGUUCAAGGUCAGCCUGGGACAAAACUAGUCCUAGAUCCUGGUGUGGUGGCACACACCUUUAAUCUAGACCACACCUUCUGCUGGAGGCCUACACAAGGACAUUGGAAGAAGGAAGAUUCGCUUUACUUGCCAGCACAUCUUUUGGAACCAACUUCUAUAGAAGACCAGCGGAAACAACUAGCCUCAUGGGACUGAGCAACUACCAGAUCCUUGGACUUCCAAUUUCCAGCUGCCCAUUGUUGGGAAGUUGAACUACAGACUGUAGUUCAUGACAAUAAAUUCCCUCAAAAUAGAGUGACAUUCCAUAAGUUAAUUUAUUAGUUCUGUAAUUAUUAUUUGGUUCUUCUUGCUUGUUACUGUAUUUUUGCUUUUCAGACAGGGUCUCACAUAGCCCAGGCUAGACUCAAGCCUGCUGUGUGGCCAGUGUACCUUGAACUUAUUCUGUUUCCCAGUGCUGGGGUUUGUAAGUACUCACCGCCAGGCCUAACACCACGAUGCCCAGCUUUCUUCUCAUCUUUCUUAUCCUGUUGAGGUCUACCCUACCAAGCAUAGCUGUAGCCAGUUUGUUCCAUGCCUGCCUGUCAUUGAUACAGAAAACAGCUUGACUCAGCAAGGUCAUGAUGGUCACAUAUCCUGUUAUGUUGUCAGUGAGGUUUGUUAAAGAAGUUCCACAAAGCUUUACAAACGACCCAUCAAAUUAAAGUUCGGUAUGAACUGUUAUGUCUAAAAUGGCUUGAGUCAGAGCUGACCACUGGGCAACACUUCCUGCACCUGUGCAUCUGCAGUUGUGGGUUUGUGGGGUUUUUCCUUUAUAAGCCGGCCUUGAGAAAUGUUCAGAGUUGUGGCUAAGCCCCUGAAUUCUGAGCUUUGCCCUGAUUGAUUAGUCUUUGGGUGUGCAUUCAAUAAACUAUCCUUGUCUGACUGA